UUGAAAUGCAGCUCCUUCUCUCUCUCUUCCCUUUCACGGGGCUCAACUUGCAAUCAAGGAGGAGCCGAGAGUCCUCCGGGGCUUCUCCUGGAACCUGCUCCUCAAAUAUAAAGCGCUCCCUCCAUCCACCAGGAAAGACUGAAUCAUAACUCACAAGGAGGAGCCGCUGCCUGAGCACAUCUCCCCAAACCUGUACUGACAUCUGACUGUCUCCUGUAGCUCCACUGAUCCAGUCAGUGUGUCUGGAUUUUAGUUUUUUCAAAGAAAAAAAAGUAGUUUUAGUUGUUUUAAUCAGCCCGCAGUGAAGCUCCAAACAACUUGCGAGAGGCAGAAACAAGCGCAUCUUAAGUUUGGAGAGUAGAGCGCGCGCAGAUGGCAGCCCUCAUCAGCGCGUACUCGUCGUGGCCGGAGUCCUUCGAGUGUCCUCCAGGAGACGGGGACGUGCCCGACGGACAUGGCCCGCACCGGACCCCCGUGGACAAGGCGCCCGAGCCGCGGAUCCGACGGCCCAUGAACGCGUUCAUGGUUUGGGCCAAAGAUGAGCGCAAACGGCUGGCGGUGCAGAAUCCAGACCUUCACAAUGCCGAGCUCAGCAAAAUGUUAGGGAAAUCCUGGAAGGCCCUGACUCCCCCUGAUAAGAGGCCCUACGUGGAGGAAGCGGAGAGACUCCGGGUGCAGCACAUGCAGGACUACCCCAACUACAAGUAUCGACCUCGCCGGAAGAAACAGCUGAAACGCAUCUGCAAGCGAGUGGACCCCGGCUUCCUCUUGAGUGGGCUGGCGCCGGAUCAGAACGCCCUGCCCGAACAGCGAGCGCUUUGCCACCCCCACGACAAAGACGAGGGCAGCCCUAAUGGUAUCAGAAGCGGGUUCUCCAGCCCAAGUCCCGCUCUGCCCAGCGUCCGAAGCUUCAGAGACCCGGCCGGCUCCAACAGCAGCUUCGACACCUACCCUUACGGCCUGCCCACUCCUCCUGAGAUGUCCCCGUUAGAUGCCAUGGACCACGAGCAUGUCCCCCCAUCUUAUUAUUCAACAUCUGGUAGCUCCUCCGUCUCCUGCUCUUCCUCAGAUGAUCACCACCAGAAUCAGACACACAUGGGCAGCCCGCCCCCUUACCACACUGACUACACACAGACCCAAAUCCACUGUGGGGGCGCCCACAUAGGUCACAUCUCCCACAUGUCCCAAACUGGCGCUGGACUGAUCCCCGGCCCUCCGCUGUCUUACUACAGUACCUCGUCUUUCCCCCAGAUCCACCACGGGCUCCAUCAGGGCCACCUGGGUCAGCUGUCCCCGCCACCAGAGACACAGGGUCACCUGGAGACUCUGGACCAGCUGAGCCAGGCAGAGCUUCUGGGCGAGGUGGACCGCAAUGAGUUUGACCAGUACCUGAACUCCACUGGGAGCGGGUUCCAUCCCGAGCAGGGCGGCAGCAUGACUGUUACUGGACACAUCCAGGUGUCGUCUGCCGCCACCACUUCUGCCACCGCGUGUCCCAGCAGCACCACAGAAACCAGCCUCAUUUCGGUGCUUGCGGACGCAACGGCGGCCUACUACAACAACUAUGGCAUCUCGUAAACUCGAUUACAACAUCAGAGACACUACGGGGUUAAGAAAUCUGGGAUGAUGUUGCACUCAGGUGCCAGUAAAGGGAAAUGUGUUCUCGUCUGUAAUUUUAAAUCCCAUAUGGGCAUCUGGGAGCAACAUCAUCCCACUUUUAAAACCUGAACUGACUACUGAGCAAUAUGAUUGUCUGGAGCCGAGGAACGAACAAUUAGAGGAACGUGAAGAAAGGGAGAUGGACACCUCAGGGAUGCAGACACAAAAUACUAUAGUCAGCCACCUCCAGUUGAUCAUGACAUUUCUGAAUCAGAAAAACAAUCGCAAAGACUUGUCGUCCACUUGUAAAUGUCACCAGUUACUGUUGCCGCCGCGGCAUGUACAGACGCUCUUUAGAAGCUAAUUUAAGUCCUUUCGAUGUUUUCGCAUAAACUGUAAUGCUAUUAUCGACGCUUUCCAUUUCGAAUGUUUGUAUUAUAUGUUCCGGCUCCGGUUAGUUUUUGGAGUCUUUACCUCAGUAGUUGUAAUUGAAUGAGGUUUUAGUUGGACAUUUCUUAUGCAAUUUAACAAAAAGCGGUGUAUAAUGAAGAAAAAAGGCGUUUAUACUUUCUCUCAAGUACUUAAUAAUAUAUAAUCAUAACCUCUACGAUGAAAAAUAAUAAUGGUAACUACAACUGUAUGCUGAUUUAGGUUUGUGAAAGACAAUAAUUUAAAAUAAAGUUCAAUUUUUAUAUUAA